CAAGUAAGUCGUCUCUUCCGACCUGAUAAAAGGGCCCAAGCUACGGAGAAUCGAGAAAACAUCGAAUUCGACUCUCAGAUCAGAGAAGAAAAAUCGAGAGAGAAAAUGGCUUCUGUGGUUGAUUUGCUGCCCAAGGAGUACGGCUAUGUCGUUCUGGUGCUCGUUCUCUAUGGCUUCUUCAAUUCCUGGAUGGCCUUCCAAGUCGGCAAAGCCCGGAAGAAGUAUAAAGUUUUUUAUCCUGCCCUAUACGCUGAAUCAGAUAACAAGGAUGCCAAUCUCUUCAACUGUGUUCAGAGAGGACACCAGAACUCACUGGAGAUUAUGCCGGUGUUCUUUGUAUUGCUUCUGCUUGGAGGGCUUCAAUACCCUGUAGUUGCAGCUGGGCUUGGCAUUUUUUACAUCGUUGGUCGAUACUUCUACUUCAAUGGCUAUGCUUCUGGGGAUCCCAAGAAUCGUUUGAGAGGGGAAUUCUAUGCCUUAUCAUUGCUUGGACUUGCGGGUUGCUCUAUUUCAUUGGGAGUUAAUCUUCUGCUUCGAUGAAUUUUCUGGAGAUUAGAGAUUGGGUUUUAGAUUUAGGUUGGCUUUUUGACUUUUAAAGAGAUGGAAAUGUUGUGAUUUGGGAGUGAUUGAGGUAGUGGUUUGUGUUUGACGUUGAAAUAA